AUGCCCUACGGAGAGUUAAAUCGAGUUCCGGACUGGAUCUACACCUGCUGCCGUGCUCGUGGAGGGUGGAGUACGGGCUGGACGGACUAUGUAUCGGGUACUCUGGUUCGUCGUCUCUUCUCCGGGCUCUUCCGGCUGAAGGAGAACGUGGGAACCUAUAUAUACCAUUGCCGAUUUUCACGGCAGAUCCCCAGCGCCGGGAUGACAAGCCCCUGUAACCCGCCUUCGGGCAUGCAGCCAGUCGUGCAAGCCCGGGCUACUGUGGGGAUCUGA